ACACUUUGACUUUCUCUCUCCUCCCACCUUCUCUGAUUCUCUCUCUACAACCCUCCUCCUGCUCCCUACGCCGACUGAUCGCCGGUCGCCUGCCCGCCGCCGAGCUAUACACGAGCUGAGUCUGGUCGUCAGCAGUCGGGGAUCCGCUGAAGGCCCCGCCCCGCGCAUUUAUGACCGUUAGAUCGUCUUCGUGAUCAGCGCCGGGUUUUGCGUCUGCAGAGAGUUGAAGAGAUGUCGGGCCCGCUGGAUCGGUUCGCGAGGCCUUGCUUUGAGGGAUUCUCUGGUAGUGAUGAGAGAAGAGAGAGGAAGUCCGAUUUUGAAUGCUCUGAAGACGAGAGAAGGACCAGAAUUGGUUCCCUCAAGAAGAAAGCCAUAAAUGCCUCUACUAAGUUCAAGCAUUCUCUCAAGAAAAAGAGCAGUAGAAGGAAAAGUGAUGGUAGGGUCAGCUCUGUUUCCAUUGAGGAUGUUCGGGAUGUAGAGGAGCUACAGGCCGUUGAUGCAUUUCGCCAGGCAUUGAUUUUGGAUGAACUUCUCCCUGAACAGCAUGACGACUAUCACAUGAUGCUGAGGUUUUUGAAAGCAAGGAAAUUCGAUAUUGAAAAGGCAAAGCAUAUGUGGGCUGAGAUGCUUCAAUGGAGGAAGGAAUUUGGUGCUGAUACUGUUAUGGAGGAUUUUGAGUUCAACGAGCUGAAUGAAGUUUUGAAGUAUUACCCUCAUGGUUAUCAUGGGGUGGACAAAGAGGGAAGACCUAUCUACAUUGAAAGGCUUGGGAAAGUCGAUCCCACCAGGCUUAUGCAAGUAACAACUAUGGAUCGGUAUAUUAGAUAUCAUGUACAGGAAUUCGAGAGAAGUUUUGCUCUGAAGUUUCCAGCUUGUACAAUUGCUGCAAAGAGGCACAUUGAUUCAAGCACAACUAUUUUAGAUGUUCAAGGCGUGGGCUUCAAGAAUUUCACCAAAUCUGCGAGGGAACUCAUUAUGCGACUUCAGAAGAUUGAUAGCGACAAUUACCCUGAAACUCUCAGCCAAAUGUUUAUCAUCAAUGCCGGUCCUGGUUUUAAGCUGUUAUGGAAUACUGUGAAAUCAUUUCUCGAUCCAAAAACAACUUCCAAGAUUCAUGUUCUGGGAAACAAGUACCAAAGCAAGUUGCUAGAGAUCGUAGAUGCUAACGAGUUGCCAGAAUUUUUGGGUGGGAACUGCACAUGUGCAGAUCAAGGAGGUUGCCUUCGAUCUGACAAAGGACCCUGGAAAAACCCAGAAAUAUUAAAGAUGGUUCUCCGUGGUGAGGGGCGGCGUCCCAGACAGGUUGUCAAGGUUCUGAAUAGCGACGGAAAGGUCAUUGCUUAUGCUAAGCCUCAGUACCCAAUGGUUAAAGGGAGUGAUACAUCUACAGCAGAAUCAGGUUCUGAAACGGAAGACAUCGCUUCUCCAAAAGCAAUGAAGAGUUACUCACAUCUCCGCUUGACCCCUGUUCGUGAAGAAGCCAAAGCGAUUGGAAAGACAGGCUAUGCUAGUAACUUUCCGGGUUACGAUGAAUAUGUUCCUAUGGUUGACAAAGCUGUUGAUGCUGGUUGGAAGAAGCAACCGACCCUUCAGAGGCCUAUUGCAUCCAAAGGAAUUGCACCACAGCCGGAGACUCCUAAGGCACCUGAAGGAGUUCGAGCAAGGAUGUUCUUGGCAAUUGUCGCCUUCUUCAUGACCUUUCUCACCCUGUUCCGUUCAUUCGCAUCCCAUGUAACCAAGAAGCUUUCUCAGCCAUUACCGGAAGCUGAUCAAAGUAUUCCUGAACUUGCCCUCGAUGCUGUACAGAAGGAAGAAUGCCGCCCCCCAUCACCGACCCCAGCCUUUACAGAGGCUGAUCUCCUUGCUUCUGUGGUCAAAAGGCUUGGCGAGUUAGAGGAGAAGGUUGAUACGCUGCAAGCAAAGCCCUCUGAGAUGCCAUAUGAGAAGGAGGAGUUGCUUAAUGCUGCUGUUUGUCGAGUGGAUGCCUUGGAAGCAGAGCUAAUUGCUACAAAGAAGGCUUUGCACGAGGCUUUAAUGAGGCAAGAAGAACUGCUAGCAUACAUAGAUAGCCAAGAAGAAGCGAAGUUCCGGAAGAAGAAGUUCUUCUGCUGGUAAGAUGUUUCUGCUGAUGGAGGAGAUUGCGCUGAGUACUCUCUUCUCACGGGAUUCCGCUUCCACCGCCGUAUCUCGAGAAUAUCAUCAGUGUUCCUACUGCAGAGGAUAUAUUACUCUUCUGAGAAUUAUGUGCAGAAAGAAAGUAUGUGUGUCUUCAUUCACUUUUAUAUAUUCUGCAAAAGUUUGAGAAUCGAGUGCCGCUUUCGCCGAAUACUCUCUAGUUAUCACCGAAUCUUACUUGAGUUGUUAUUUGAUUAACUCAACACUUAUGGAAUGAAAAUGAAAAUUUACUUUGCUGGAAAUUACACCAA